UUGUGGCUGGCCGAUCAAUUUUCUAGAAUAGCAUCUCAGACGUGUAGCGGCGAUAACUCUGUUUAUGGCUAUAUGCUGCGUGGAAACAUCUUCAAAACCCUACAGACGGCACUCCCGUUUGAGUGUUCCCAGGCUUGUGAGGGUGACGUUAGAUGUCAAAGCUUUAAUUACGUCAUUUCAAAAAAUACAUGCGAGUUGAAUGAUCGUACGAAGAAAGCCAGACCUGCAGACUUUUUGCCGAGUUCUGAACGAUACUAUUAUGAAAAAUCAAAAAAUAGAGGUAAUUUCAAACACUUUAGUGUCACGCAAGUACCAUAUUGUUGACUCCUGUGAGGCGCGACUAAUACAGGUUAUAAGGUAAAACCUCCCUUUCAUAAUAAACAAUUAUCCCACUCACGCCUGUUGGAUAUGAGAUCAAAGAUAGCCAGCGACGCCGUUAGAGCCGUACAGUCUGUAAUUAUUUCAUAUCCAACAAACGUGGGUGGAAUAACUGUUUCAUUAGCUAAACAUCCCAAGUAUAGAUAAAUCUUGCCAGAUUUAUUUUUCGAAAAUGAACACAAAGUCACAAUGUACAAAUUAUGGUAUAAAGGUUCAUAACCCUUGAUGGCUAAGCCAGUGAAAACGCAUUUACCUCAAUGAUCCAGUUUUCAAUAAAAAGUUAUAACCUGAGUAAAAAGUAAUAACCCAGGACAAUAACACACCCUGACAUAACCCUUGAACUUGAUAUGACGCUGAUGUUUGUCCCCCAUAUUGAAAAAAAGAGCAAUGGAGAGCGAAGGAAUAUCAGCUGACGACCAUGGAUAUUCAAUGAUAAAAUAUUAAGAUAACCAUGAGUAUCAAAAAGUGUGUCAUCAGCUGAAUAAAUUCCUGCCUGACAGACCAAUGAAAAUUACUCCGGACAACUAAAAAUACACGAUAAAAAUGUAGUCUACUUGCUCGUCUUACGAUGCAAGUUCCCCUAUGGAAAGUAAAGUUUAAAAACCAUCUCUCUUGGAUGAGCUUCACCACAUACUUUUUAGCAAAAUUACCUCCUUUCAUUUUAUCUUAUUUUAUUUCAUCAUUUCUACACAGCUGCUCUUGGCUCUAUUCCUGAACUUCCUGCUAAAAACUGUAGGGAAAUCAAGUUGAGUGAAGGAGAGCAAACAGUUAGCGGCAAAUACUGGUAUUAUAAUCCCUGGACGGACACGGCAACAUUCGCCUACUGUGACAUGAAAACGGAAGGUAACUUAUAGUUUAUAUAAGCCUCUGAUUUCAAAUCUUUUUAAAACCUAGACUGGCUAAACUAAAGCUUAAUUUAUUCAAAGUCUCCUAUCUACCACAACGAAAUGAAAAACAAUAAUUUCGAAGAGGAAACUUUGUGGCCACCUGAACUUUUCGAGGGAAAAGGAGAAAUUUAUUCAUCUAGAACUACGAGAAUUUUGUUUGACUAAAUUUGUCAAACUUCAGAGAGUCUAAUACUUGAACAGGCAAACUUUAGAGACUUGAUAAGACAUAACAUAUUUUAACUGUUUUCUGUUGUUUUUGUUAUUUGUUUUUAAGAUAUAUAUCAUGUAGCACUAAGACUUCGCCCCCGGUGAAAACCGAGAGCAUGGACUCGUCUUUGAAUGCAUUGAGUAUGCGUGCAUUUGAAAAAAGGGAUAGAAUUAGUGAAUGGCGGGGUUUCCGCUUUCUACUGUAACAUGACGUCACACUUCUCCAUCCUUUUCGUACAUUCGGUUUUACCUCGGCUAUAAAAUAAAAGCAACUAAGCGGGGAAUUCAAAUACCUUUUUAAUUAGCAAUACUUACUGAGGAAUACGGCCCACGUCCUUGAAUAAUCAUAGCGCAGAUACUAACUGAGAUAUCUGUACUGAGUAUUAUUGACAUAACAUGACUGGUACGUGCUUCGUCCAAUACCAUGGGAUAUUUGGUAUCUUAUGAUUAUCUUCAAAAUAUCAUCAAGAAUUUUUUUCUUUUUCGCCUUAUUUAUAAACCAAAAAAAAGUGACAUUUGACGGUAACGGGACGUUACACUUUUUCCUUUUAUAUCUUUGGUUUUAUCUCGGCUAUACAAUUAAGAGCAACUAAGAGCGAUACGAUAUACGGGUACAACAUGGUUGAAGAACAAGUAAAAAAAAAAAUACCUAUUUUAAUUAUUUUCCGCGUUUUUAAAAAACAUUCACCUCUUUCUAGAUGUUGAUGAGUGUGAAUACGACUUGUACUAUUGUGAGGCCAAUAGCUACUGCAGCAAUACAGUGGGUUCAUAUAUUUGCACAAGUGACCGUAAGUAUCGCCUAGAACAGCAGUGAAUUCAAGUGAACAUGAACCAUCGAUUUCCCAAUUGUUCUGGUACAAAAUGAUAUAUUAAGCACAACACAAAGACAUGAACCCUCGAUCUUCUUACCUUUUUUGUUAAAGCUUUCGUUCAAUUUCUCACUUAGCCUUCCGCAAAUUAGUUAAAUCUCGUCUGAUAGGUCAAAUGAGAAAGAUAGCAGCAAAGUUAUUCAUAGAUUAGGGGAAUGACCAACGAGAUGCUUGGAGGGGUUUGAAAUUAAUGCGUUCGUAGAGAAUGUUCGAUAUUUCAUAUUCGUCCCACUUAAGAUCAAAAUACGUCCAUGGGGGCCGGUUAUUUAAAAAAAGUCGUUGUUCAACAGAACCGCAUCCUAAUCAAUCCUAAACUUCGCUGAACCUUUUAUCGGAACGUUUUUACUUGUGAACAGUGUUGAAAGGGCCGAGAGCUAAGAGUGGAAGGACAUUCAUUUAAUAGAAUCAACCCUCUUAUAGGGAAAGCCUUACGCCCACUGAUUGCAUAAAACCGUGGUUUGGGUUAGAUCUCGUGUAAACGACCGGCCUUAUAAGUCUUAGCUACUCAAAUAUGUACAGCUUAAUUUAAUUUCUAGGCGUUAAAAGAUGCGGGAAAGGACUUUUGUCCACCCCCUAUAACUACAUUGCAGGGAGGAUAAUUACUAUUUAGAUUUAGUGCCGUCAGAUUAUAACGUGGUGUUUCACCAACAGGUGGCCUCGCAUCAUCGAGCAUUCUGAACAACUCACCAAAAUACUACAUUGGCACUCUUUCGUCUUACCUAGAAUCAGUCCUGACUAACCUUUCCUCGAGUAGAUUCGUUAGAUGUUAUCACGCCAAGACAGAUGGCUGGGAUUCAACAACAUUCCAUUCGAAAUGUGAUGGAAAGGGACCCACUGUUUCCAUUAUUCAAGUCGGUAACUACACAUUUGGUGGAUAUACCGACGUGUCUUGGCAAAGUAUGAAUUUUUAGUCAGUUGUUAACUAUUCACCAAAGAGGAGGUGGCUAGAUGAACAAAGUUCUCUAUUUGGUGCGGAAAUACGCACGGAUAUUUGACCGCCGACAUUAUCUGUUCUAAGAUGCUCACAUUUUCCUUAAAGCGAAACUCGAGAAAGCUGUUAGGUGGGGGGGCAGUGGGGUAGAGUCUCCCGUUUCCCGUACCAUGUUCUCCCGCCUCCCGUACUUUUGAGCCCCUUUGCCUCCCGACUCCCACCCUUCAUUGUGUUACUCCCGUCUUCAGGUGAAUGAAGAGGAUCAGAAACCCGGGUUAACUUUCAAACUGUACCAAAACUUAAUAUUCUUGUUCAUUUUCUGAAUAGAUAUGAGAUAGCAUGGCACAUGUGUCAAGUGGCAUGCUAUCUCAUGACCUCUGACGUAAUCGAAUUGAAGGGAUUUCCAAAUUCACCAGAAGUAAUGCUGUUUUUCCAACCCGAGUCUUGCUCCCAAAAUUUUCUUUUAAGCAUUGGUGGAUGUUAAAUGGGAAUUUUAAAACUUUGCUAGAUAAGUGUUUUUAACUGAAUGAUGCCCAGUAAUAAACAACAAACUAUUGCCUUCUUUAUUUCUGCUCUCGCCUCCCACCCUCAUAUAGAUCCCCGCUUCCCGCCCCUUGUUCUCCUGCUUCCCGUCCUCUCCCACCCCUUGUUCUCCUGGGUUCCCGCCUCCCUGUCCCUCUCCACUGUGAAAAAAAACAGAUAGUGUCCAUGGACAGAUAUCCGUGCAUAUUUUCGCGCCAAAAUAGAUGCUUUUGUUUUUAUUAUCCUUCAAGUAUUUUGCAACACGCGUAAAAAAAUGUUUACGAACGGCUUACUGUUUGCUGCCAAUAACGAAAUAGGUGUUGUGAGAGGUAUGUAGUUUUCCUCAGUUUAUAGCACUAGUGGGACGGCCGGCAUAGUCACGUAGUGUCGAAUAUUGAUGGAAUCAGAAAUGUUUUUUUUUGUAAAAAGCAAACUCAUUUAAUCAACCUAAAUCCUUUAAAAAGCUGAAAAUGGCGGAUGGCAGGGGAUGGAGUCCGAAAACAAAAGGUCAAGACGAGGCCUGACAAGGAAAAGUAGAGCUUAGAAAAUUAAAAAUUUGAAGCAUUCGGCAGCUUUGGUGGAAGCUAAAGUAAUUGUCUCUCCGUUACAAAAUCUUAUGGCGAAGAGAUUUCCCUAUUCGAUUGAAGCAGCUACAAGAACUAAGAUUGAAAAUCUUUAAAGACCCAAAGCACUCCUUAAUGGGCUGCUGCAAACAGAGGAAAAUUAUACACAGUUUAAAAUAAAAGAGUUGUACAACAAACAAUCUUUGAAAAAUUAAUCUCGAAGUCAUGACGAAAAAAACCACGGUUUUAUCCAUUUCAAGAUAAAAACAAACUAGGUUGUUAGUUAUCUACUGUUCAGAAAGAUGUUAUGACCAAGGUUAACACCCCUGGCAAAGACGGAGGGGGUUGGGGAGGAAGACUCUCGCUCUAUGAGUAAACUGUAAAGACCCUCAGGAGACAUUGUCUAUCAUCUCACUUCACUAAGCUUUCCUUUAACAAAUUUCUCUGGCUGCAGGUUCUUGUGGGUACACAUCGGCUGCCAAAGCCUUCAUUUUCUCGCUUUACAACGUGCAUGGUUACAAACCUGUUAAACUAGCUCAAUACCGGUAUCAAGGGUAUGCAAUCUACCGCUGCAGUAGUUAUGGACCAACAUUUGGGGGUUAUCAAGGGCGACAUGACAUCCAACUACGAAACAACGCUGGCAACAUUCAAAAUUCCUUCACCACAUGCGGCUCUACUUACGGCGUCCCUACUGGUUACAUUUCGUUCACCAAGUGCGUAUUCUUCUCAGGGAGUGAAUUAUUUACCCCGACUAAUCUGGAGGUAUUCUACGAGAUAACAUCUUAG